GCAGCGGGGCGGGUCACGUGGCGCGGGCAUUUCCGCGAGCGGCGUAGCUUGCGAACGGAUACAGCGGCGGCGCCUGGAUCCGAUCCCGCCGGAGGCCCCCGCCUGGACCACGCCCCCUCGGCCCCGCCCCUGCCUCGGACCCCCGAUCGGGGCCGGAGCCCCGCUUCCGCCUCGGAGCCCCUCGAGGGGCUGGACCCGCCCUAGCUGGGCUCCCAGGGGCAUCCCCAGCGGCACCCCUCUCCCGAGUGGGGUGGGGACCCCCGUAGGAGUCAGAAUCCCCCCAUUCCCUGUCAAAUCCCCCCCCUUGGCGCCUACAUCCCCCCGUCUCGGGGUGGGAGCAGCUGUGGUACUGGGACACCUCCAUCCCCGCACGCGCUCUUAUUGUGGACUGGGGUCCAUCUCCUGAGCCCCCACGCAGGGGCCAGCCCUAGCCUGCGGAGCCCUCCCCCCCCAACCUAGUAUCCCCUGGAUUCUUCUGGUUCCCAAACUGGGAGCCCCCCUCCUCGACUCCCUCCAACCAGGGAGCCCCCACCCCCGUACCUUCUUGAUUCCCAGCCUGGGUCCUAGCCUGACUUCUGGCAGAAAUGGAUGAGCUGGGACUUGAACCCAGGAGUCCUAAUACUUACUCCGUGCUGACCUGCCUGCAUCUCCACUGGGUCAACACUCCCGACUUACGCUGGUAUAACUACAUUGCUUAGGGAUGUGGGAAAUUCAUCCCCCUGAGCGACACCGUUAACCGACCUAACUCCCAGGGCAGACUGAGUCAACAGGAGGGCUUCUCCCACCAACCACCCCUACCUCUUGGGGAGCUUGAGUACCUACGCCGACGGCAGAUGCUGCAGCGCUGGAAGUGUGGACGAGCCCUACAUGAUGGUGCCCCACUCCCUCCCCACUUGGAAGGAUUUGGGUGUGUCGCUGGGCAGGGUCCUUCACAAACGGGCCAGGCCCUGAUCACCCCAUGCCUGAAAUCCACACAGAUCACCUGGCUGGGACAACAUGCACCAGGGAGAAGGCAGGGGAUUGUCUUCCCAAAGGAAGCAACCAGAAGCCAGACCUGCUGCCACUUGCCUUCCUCCAGCAGGACUGGGGCCUCCAGGACCCUACCCCCAGCAGCACCCCCUACGUGGAGAUCAUCGAACAGCCCAAGCAGCGCGGCAUGCGCUUCCGCUACAAGUGUGAGGGGCGCUCGGCCGGCAGCAUCCCCGGGGAGCACAGCACUGACACCACCAAGACCCACCCCACCAUCAAGAUCAAUAAUUACACAGGCCCCGGGAAGGUUCGUAUCUCUCUGGUGACCAAGGACGCCCCCCACCGACCCCACCCCCACGAGCUGGUGGGCAAGGACUGCAAGGACGGCUACUAUGAGGCUGAGCUUUCACCUGAGCGCAACAUCCACAGCUUCCAGAACCUGGGCAUCCAGUGCGUGAAGAAACGGGAGCUGGACGAGGCUGUGGCACAGCGCAUCCGCACCAACAAUAACCCCUUCAAUGUGCCCCUGGACAACCAGAAGGGGGACUAUGACUUGAACGCCGUGCGGCUCUGCUUCCAGGUGUGGGUGCAGGACCCUGUGGGCACCGGGCACCUCGUCCCGCUGUCCCUCGUGGUGUCACAGCCGAUCUACGACAACCGAGCCCCCAACACGGCUGAGCUGAAGAUCUGCCGGGUCAAUCGCAACUCGGGGAGCUGUCUGGGUGGGGAUGAGAUCUUCCUGCUCUGCGACAAGGUGCAGAAAGAGGACAUUGAGGUCCGGUUCUUCAAGGACUCGUGGGAGGCCAAGGGCUCCUUCUCGCAGGCAGACGUGCACCGGCAGGUUGCCAUCGUGUUCAAAACCCCGCCCUACCAGGACCAGGCGCUCAGGGAGCCGGUGACGGUGCAGAUGCAGCUCCGGCGCCCAUCUGACAAGGAGGUCAGCGAGGCCAUGGAGUUCCGCUACCUACCAGAUGAAGGUGACUUCCACCGCAUCGAGGAGAAGCGCAAGCGAACGCGGGACACCUUCAAGAACUUUGUGCAGAAAGCGCCUUUCGCAGCAGUGGUGGUUCCGGAGUCACGCUCCCCGCGUCGGAUUGCUGUCCCUGCCCGCACAGCUGCCAUGCCCAAACCCAGCCUCAUCCGACCCAGUAUGAGUGGUCUCACCGGAAUGGCGGGCGCCAUGGGGCAGCUGCCGACCAUCCAGAAGCCGCAGGCCACAGCCCAGCACCCCCCCUUACCCUUCACCGGGCCCAGCCGAGCUCCUCCUCCUCCCACCCCCCAGCUGGGCUUCAGUACAGUCAACCUGGAGGAGUUCUCCAGCCUGGGCAUCUCAAGCCGGGCCCAGCCCCCACCCCCUGCUCCCGAGGCCGAGCCCAACUUUGACCCCUUCUUCCACCUGCCGUUUGAGGGCGGGGGCGACUCAGUCGCCAUGGAGCUGGGGGCCUUGCUGGAGGACACCACCUACACCAGCCUGGAGUCCAUCAACACUACUGAGUUCCGGCAGCUGCUGAGCCAGGGGUCGUCCACCGAGGGUGCUGACGGGCACAGCAUGCUCCUGACCUAUCCCGAGUCGAUCACCCGCCUGAUGAGCAGCCAGCGUGGUGUGGUGGGCGUGACAGGGGAGGAGCCACAGGGCAACGGCGGGGGUGGGGGGGCCAGCGGUGCCAACAGCUUCAUCAACGGGGUCCUGGGCGGCCUCCCGGAAGAGAACCUCACCUCCAUGGGGGAUCUGGACUUCAGCGCCCUGCUCAGCCAGUUCAGUUCCUCUUAGUUGGGACGCUGGGAAAGACGGACUGACGGUGACACCCCCCACCUGGCUCUGCGCAAGGGACUCGGGGGGUAACUGCUCAUCCACCGAGAGCCCUCCCACCGGGGGGAUCGGACUCUGCCCUGGACUCAGUCAGCUCAGGUCCCCCAUCCGGCCUGCCUGGGCCUUGUAUUACUGGCUUCAUUUGGCUAUCAAUCUCACUGUCCGCCCACCCCAUGCCUCCCCAGAGCCCUGCUCUGUAUCCCCCCCCACUCCAUCCCCUGCACUACGGGGGGUCUCCCACUUGUCAGGCUGAGGGGGCAGCGCCAGGGGUUAGUUCCCUCCCCUGUUGCAGCGGGAGGAGCAAAGAAGAGCCUGACCCUCUUUUCACAGGAAUAGAGGGGGGAGGAGCAGACAAUGGACUGAUCCAUUGUCAGGACUGGGAGGGGACAGGCUUCACCCAUUAUUCACAGGAGGGAAGAGGAGGGGAGUGAAGCUGCCCUGAGCUUCUGGGUUCCUUCUGCUCUGUCCUCCCUUACCUGAAAACUGUUGGCUGGGGUGGGGGAGCUCUGCCUUAGCUCCUGCAGCAGCUCUGAUUGGCUGCCUAUCCCCAUUCCCAGCCUCCUGGGGAUGGGCAGCCAAUCAGAAAGGGUUCCCUCAAGGCAGGGCUGGGGGGUUCUGGCAUCCAGACCGGCUCUGUGUUGUGGGUGUAUUGUGGGAGGGGGAAUUCUCCUUCCCACCCUCAGAAGGUGCCUUAGCAGAAGCAGCAUUAACUCCCCCCACCCCUUUGCAGCUGGGGAGUGUGAACAGGACCCCUCCCACCCAGCAGAGGGCCUGUGGUGAGCUGUGGGAGACCCAGCACCCCCUUGCUGGGGGGGUCUCCUCCCCCUGUUGCACAUUGGCUUUGAGAGCUCUGCAAGCUGUGUAAGGGGGAUGAGGGUUGUUGCUGCACCUUGUUUCGGGGCAUUCUCCAAUUCUUGUAUUAUAAUGUGCCUUGCUAUGCGGUAGGAAGGGGUGGCACUGCCCCUCCAUGCCUAGUGCCCCUGGAUCUCCCCAUCCCUGCUCCAUGGCUCAGAGGACUCAGCUGGGCCUGCAGUUGGGGUGGGGGCAGUGCCCAAAACAGCCAGCAGUAGGUGCCCUGUUGCACAGAGCACUCUUCCAGGUCUGUAAAAUGAAGCUGGCCCUGCUAGGUGUCGUAAGAGAGGCUAUGAACCUAUCAGAGGCUCUGAGCUACUCCUCCCGCUGGCACCGGCUUGCAGCAGGAAGGCCCAGAGAGUAGUGCUACAAAGCACCUGGGCCCAUCACGGCCUCCUGCCCCUCUCUGCAUUCACCAUUGCAGGGUUUGUAUAGCGUUCCUCACCCUAUAUUUUGGCUUCCACUGUCGUUUGUCUUACUAUUGGCUAAAUGUAGCUGGACGGUUUUAACCGUGAGUGACACGUAUUAUUAAUGUAUUUGCUAUCUCUGGGGCGCAGGGACUUGCUUCCGUGCCCAGUUUUUCCGCUGACUUAUGUUCCUAAUAAACCUGAGUCAAAGCGCA